AUUCCUUAUGCAUGCUCUGUUUGAAUCGGGAGCAUUUCACCAAUAUAAAUAUGAUGAUGGGCUUAAGACUUGAUAAGAACACAACCUUCUCGUCAUAGUACUUGCUGGUAAUUGUAGCCCUGAUGAAAGUUUCAGAAGGAAACAAGUCAAACAUUCAAAAACGUUAUACUUUUUUAAGUUUGAAAAGAGAUGAUAUGUGCUGUAUCACAACAUAGUUUUAAAAUAUGUUUUAUUGUGUUUUUCAUUAUUUGACAUUCAUUUUUGCAAACUCAUCAGUACCUAGGAAAGGAAUGUACAAAAACUUUGGUUUGAUGUUUUUUUUCUUUUGUCCUCUUUUCUUGCAUGACAAUAAAAUCUAAAAAUAAUGUGGAUAAAAUUGUAUAAGUUACUCAUAUUGAUGUAUAGCGCAAAUGAACACUAAUGAAAACUUGUGUGACCUUUAGAACUUCUUAUUAUGGAAAUUUCUGUCAUUAAUUUUCUGUUUGCCUAGCAACCUAUAACCAAAUAGACUUUUAAGCUGACACCUGUGGAUGAAUCAUUAUCUUUUCAGUUUGGGGCUUGUUAGUUUAUGUGAAGUUACUAAGGCAACAAGAGCAUGCUAAUCAAAUGAUACAUAAAUAAUACUGCUCAUUAACUUUUUAGUGAACAAGUAUAUUGUAAGGUAAUAUGAAAAUGGAUGAAUAUAGGACUAAUUAGCACAUUAUAGGAUGACAAUUUAUAUGAAAAUGUGAACAUGGUGUUCUUGUGGACACAAAGCCAAGUUGGCAUGAGCAAACAAGAGACUAUCCUUAUCGUCUGGGCAACUGUUAUGUACACAUUGGUUGCCAAGUUACUUCUAUGUUACUCUGGGUUUGUUAAACAUGCAUAUCAAGUAAAUUUAUUGCAAACUUUUGUUCCCAUGUUGAUAACUGAAUUCUGUGGCUUUUCUACUUUGAACAUAUUAAUUCAUAUACCUACACUGUAGAUUGGGUAGACUUUAAACAUUUACUUAGCCAACAAGAUUGCACUUUGAAAUAAAAAGGUAUUGGGGAAGAGAAGGCAACUAGGCACUUUUGCUUGUGUGUUCCUUCAGGAAGGAUGGUACCACUUUCUCCUGUGUGUGGUGAUGGCCACACAAGCCUUCACAGUGACAAAUAUGCAGGCAUUGGGCAAUAAUGUCCAGCAGGUGAGAAUGCCCAAUAGCACAAACAACGGGCAGCAAGGACAGCAAAAUCAACAGAAACCUCCUGUGCAAACCAUUAUUCAGCCACAUGCUGGACAGCAGUUUAUUGUGACAACAGUGACUUCAGAAGGAGCAGAGCAGAACCACAAUCCUGAGAGUUUGGCGUUACAGGGCACACAGGCAGUAUAUCCAGCUCAUGUUCAGUACGUAGACAGCACUGAUCCUGCUCUCUACGCUGCUUCCAAUGGACAGAUACAAACUUAUGACUACAGCCAAGCCAAUAUGUAUACUCCUGUUUCUGGAGCAUAUUACCAGACAGUUUCUGGAGCACAGUUGUCUCAAGUUGGAGGUCUACCACCAGGCAUGCAAGGACAGUUUAUUACACAUCAAGGGGGGACUUAUUUGGUCCAAGGAGGUGCUAUGGAUGGAGAAGGACAUCCCCUCACACACACUACCAGGGCAUCCCCAGCAACACUUCAGCUGAAGGAUGCUUUCAGUGGAAAUGCAAAGGAGGCCAAAGGGGUUCAGUGGCUGAUUGAUAAUUAUGAAACUGCUGAGGGGGUGAGCCUUCCACGAUCUACACUGUAUAGUCAUUAUAUGCAUCACUGUACAGAGAGUAAGUUGGACCCCAUGAAUCCAGCUUCCUUUGGAAAGCUGAUUCGCUCAGUGUUUCUAGGUUUGAGAACAAGACGCUUAGGAACCAGGGGUAAUUCAAAGUACCAUUACUAUGGCAUCAGAAUCAAGCCCACCUCUCCAUUGAACCAAUUCACAGAUGACCAGACUAUGGCCAUGAGGCAACAACCAGUGAAUCAGGGGAAACGCUUUAAGUCAGCAACGACAGGUAUUGAUGGUAAAGAUAUUGAUACUUCACGGGAUCAGAAUUCUCAAGGAUCAGAUUCCCAACAGCAACAACAUCAGCAGUUCCUUGGGGAUGCUUCAGGGGCCAUUCCAAACUUUGGAGAUGUUCAGGAAGGAAAUGUUUUGCCAGAAGGGCUAACAAAGGAACAUAUUCGUAGUUUUGAAAGACUAUAUAAAGAGCAUUGUGAGGCAAUGCUUGAUGUGGUUGUGAAUCUACAGUUUUCACUCUUUGAAGCACUUUGGAAGUCAUUUUGGAGAAACCCAACAGAUCUCCCCACUGCGGAAAGUGAUAUUGAGCGAAGGCUCCCCAAAGAGAGGCUUUAUUCUCUGUGCAGAUUUGAGCCAGUUCAAAAGUGGGUCAGGAGAUCAGACUAUUGCUUUUACCAGGCACUUGUGGAAGUACUUAUACCCGAUGUUUUAAGGCCCAUACCAGGUUCUUUGACUCAGGCCAUCCGUAAUUUUGCCAAAAGUUUAGAGGGUUGGCUAAAGAGUUCCAUGCAGGGAGUACCUGAGGAAAUGGUUAAAGCAAAGGUUGGAGCAGUCACGGCUUUUGCCCAGACAUUGAGGAGAUACACUUCAUUAAAUCACCUGGCCCAGGCUGCUCGCGCCGUCCUACAGAACACGUCCCAGAUAAACCAAAUGUUAAGUGACCUUAACAGGGUGGACUUUGCAAACGUACAGGAGCAAGCUUCCUGGGUGUGCCAAUGUGAUGAUGCAGUAGUGACACAGUUGGAGCAGGAUUUCAAGAAAACUUUGCAGCAGCAGAACACUCUAGAACAGUGGUCCGUGUGGCUGGAAGGGGUAGUCAACAAAGUACUGAAGCCACAUGAAGGCACCGAGAAUUUCCCAAAGGCAGCAAGACAGUUCUUAUUGAAAUGGUCUUUUUACAGCUCAAUGGUUAUACGGGAUUUGACUCUGAGAAGUGCUGCAAGCUUUGGCUCAUUCCAUCUCAUCCGUUUGCUGUAUGAUGAAUACAUGUUCUACCUGGUAGAGCACAAAGUGGCUGCUGCUACUGGGGAGUCUCCCAUUGCUGUGAUGGGAGAGUUUAUUGAUCUUGGUGGAGCCAUCACUCUUGGUACUCUGGAGAACCUGAGUAGCAAAGCAGCCACAACUACCAACACAUCCUCGCCAUCUACUCUGAAAUCCCUGCCUACUAUCACAGUGACCCCAGCAACCACGGGACUGACCACUACCCCUGCCAAGGGACUGGCCACUACUCCUGCCACAGGGCUGGCCACUACACCUGCCACUGGGGGCAGCACCAGCACAGCUAAUACCACAGUGACAGUACUGACAUCAGGGACAGGUGCUUCAGGAACCAAGACCAUAGUGGUGGUACCUGUCACUUCAGCUGGUUCUGGAGAUGGACAUGCAGCAAAGAAGUUUAAAGUUGGUUAAGAGGUCCCUUCUGUAGUCUGAGCUUUGUUGAUGGAAUUAGACAUGUAUGAGCAGCAAGUGCUGGUCAGCUUUGUAAGGCAAACUAGAACAACAAUUAUGCAACCUGUUACCAUGACAUUUCUCAUAACUUAAUUUCCAAGAGAUAUGUUCUGUAUAUACAGCUUACACCCAAAACAGUGAGGUUUAAUUUGUUGUUGUAUUAAAGAAAAAAAGGCCUUAUAAUAAAUUUGAUUUUAUUACUUUGCCAAAAUUGCAGUAGAAGUAGUAGAUGUGUGUUAUUUGGCAUAAAAAAGUGACACCUCACCAAAGAACACUUGCAUCCAGUUUAGUUGUAAAUAAGUAUUACCGAGUGCCUAUGCCUAUAUACAUAAAUAGUCAUUUUCCAUUUUGUGUGGUAUAGUGAUGUUCAGCGUAAAAAAAGCUUUUAUGUGGUCUGUAUGAAUCUACUUUGUGAAUAAAAUUUGUAAUGACAUUGUCAGUUAUCAAAAGAGCAUGAGCUGUGACCACAUCGCCAAUGGAGCAUGAUGAAAUCCAAAUAUGCUGCAGUGCAGCAUUGGUAGACACUCUCUUGACUUAUGUGCUGGGAUUUCGAGAAUCUUUACAUCUUGCACACGGCUGAGCACCUUGAGAUGUUUUGUUGUAAAAUGUGACAUUGUUGUUAAAAGUUGUGCCUUAGAUUACAAAUGGAGUUGACGUGCUGUGAUGCACUUUGUGAUGUAGUGAGUACAAAAAGAAAAAAUUUAUAUGUAAUGUUUUUUUUUUCCUUGUAGGAAUCUCAAAAUAGCUUAAGGGUAGAUUUAAAAAUAUUAUAUUGAUUAUUAUUAAGAGUGCUUGACAUAUGUAUAAUACCUAAAUGUACAAAUCCAGAGUCAAAUGAUCUAUAUUUUUCUGAUGUGAUACUAAUAAGAAUUGAAUCUUGUAACUAUAUUUUACACUGUUUGUUAGGGUUUGAUUUUAUUUAUUUUUUUUUCAAUUUUCAUUUAAUUAUUUAUUUUUUUGUGAAAAAUUAGAUUAAAUUUUAGGAUUUGCAUAUUUAAUCUCUUACUUAGUUCGGUUGAUGUAGUGUUUAUUGUCAUUGUCAUUUUCAGUCAUUUAAUUUUUUUUUUUUUUUUUGUCAUAAAUUCUUUUUUAAUUAAUUAGAAAGUGUGUGUGAAAUGUAUUGUGCUUAUAGUUGUAGGAUAUCCAAACUAGAAGACGUAUAACUAUUAUAUAAGGGGGUCUGCAAGAAACUACUAUAUUUUGCAGUAUCAGUAAUAAAAGGUUUUAAUAAAAGUGAUAUUUUCAUAAUUAGAUGUAGUAUGGUGAUGGAUUGCCAUGAAAUUUACUUGACUGACUUGAAACCAUUAGUUUACUAUUUAUUUGUCUUACAUAAGACAUUGAGCAGUCAUUGCUAGAGGGAGGGGAGGCAUAUAAGCAUAAACCAGUAGAUAUAAUUUGAAUGUUUAAUUCAUUGCCUUUGGGGGGAGUAAUUAAGGGUAAUGAAACAAGUUAUUUUAAGUUGAUUUUAUGCCAUGAUAGCUUCAAAUUAAUUGACAUAAUAAGUUGUUUUGUAAACCUGUUGUUUAUCUGAAAGUCAAUAUGACAACUAAAUUUUAAGUUUCUUUAAAAAUAUUUAAUGGUUUAAAUUAUUUGAAGGGCAAAAGAUUGUAUUUAUUGUUUUUUCUGACAUUGUAACCUUUUAGUGCACUUUUGUUAUAUUUUGGUUCUGAUUAUAAAGGCCCACUCAAAAUUUCAUGUCAAAAUGUCACAAGAUGUGAAUAAAAGAAGCUUUUCUGUGAA